GCGCCGCGGGGGGCCCCACGUUUGCUUCCUGGGCUCCGGCAGCGGAUGUUGUCCCGGCUGGAUGCUGUCCCCAGGCAGUGGGAAGUGCACCCUGCCGCUCUGCUCCUUCGGCUGUGGCGGCGGCUCCUGCGUCGCUCCCAACCUCUGCCUGUGCCCGGAUGGGGAGCAGAGAAUCACCUGCCCAGAUCCACCGGGAACAUGUGGGGAGUACGGCUGUGACCUGUCCUGUAACCACGGCGGGUGCCAGGAGGUCGCCCGCGUGUGUCCCGUCGGCUUCUCCAUGGUGGAGACUCCCAACGGUGUCCGCUGCACCGACAUCGAUGAGUGCCAGAGCGGGGCCUGUGAGGGGCUGUGCGUGAACACAGAGGGCGGAUUCGUGUGCCAGUGCGGCUCUGGCCGGGAGCUCUCCACGGAUCGGCGCAGCUGCCGCGACAUGGACGAGUGCCAGGCCACGCCGUGCCAGCACCGCUGCGAGAACAGCGUCGGGAGCUACCGCUGCUCCUGCCGGCCCGGAUACCAACUCCACGGGAACCGGCAUUCCUGCCUGGAUGUGGAUGAAUGCCGGCGGCCGGGAACGCGCCGCUCCUGCCAGCACAGCUGCCACAACAUUCCCGGGAGCUUCCGCUGCUCCUGCCGCCCCGGAUACCGGCUCAGCACGGACAGGGUGUCCUGCGAAGGGUAUCCCAAAUCCAUCCUGGCCCCGUCACCCAUCCUGCAAUCCCUGCAGCACCCGCCCACCCUCGUCCUGCUCCCUCCUGGCUCCCACCUGCUUCCGAGGGGCUCCCCCUCUCCCCACAUCCCUGUGGCAGCUCCCGGGACCCAAUUCCCACCCUCUUCUCCGUCCCUGUCUCCCGGUACCUCCAUCCCACCGUCCCCUCGCUGUCGGCACCGUGGGGUUUCCCGGGAGCCCGGGGCUCACUGGACAGAGCCAGGAUGCCGGAGCUGCACCUGCCAGGAGGGACGAGUCCUGUGUGACGCCAUGAGCUGCUCCAUUCCCUGCUCCCACCCGCUUCCCGCUCCGGCCGGGGGAUGCUGCCCCACCUGCACAGGGUGCCUCCACGAGGGGGUGGCCAGAGCAGACGGCGAUGUCUUCUCCCCAUCCGAUGGGAAUUGCUCCGUCUGCAUCUGCUUGGCCGGGAAUGUCUCCUGCCUUUCCCCGGAAUGCCCCGCGGGCUCCUGCCCCAGCCCCUCUCCAUCCGACUGCUGCUCCUGCCAUCCAGCCCAGUGCAGUUUCCGGGGCCGCACGUACGCACACGGGGCCCAGUUCAGCCCGGAUGGGGACGGAUGCACUACCUGCGUCUGCCAGGGUGGGGAGGUGGAAUGUUCCUUCGCUCCCUGUCCCAUCCUGGACUGCCCCCAGCACCAGCGGCACCUGCGCCCGGGGCAGUGCUGCUCCUCCUGCCGGGACCCUCCGGCCCCUGCCGGUUGCUUCCUGGAGGACAACGGCGUGCAGUUUCCCGUGGGACAGCUCUGGUCUCCGGGCGAUCCCUGUGAGUUAUGCAUCUGCCAGGCAGACGGCUCCGUGAGCUGCCGGCGCACGGAAUGCCUGGAGACCUGUCCCUAUCCCAUCCGGAUCCCCGGGCAGUGCUGCCCCGACUGCUCCGCAGGCUGCACCUACAUGGGGCGGGUGUUCUCCAACAACGAGACCUUCCCGUCGGAGCUGGAUCCGUGUCUCAGCUGCAUCUGCCUGCUGGGGUCGGUGGCCUGCUCGCCCCUGGAAUGUGCCAUCGUGUGCUCCUACCCCUUCCACCCCGAGGGCCGCUGCUGCCCCGUCUGUGACGACUGCAACUACCGCGGCAGGAAGGUGGAGAACGGGCAGAGCUUCACCCCCGAGGGGCAGCCCUGCACCCGCUGCGCCUGCAAGCUCGGGGAGGUGACCUGCGAGGAGCGGCCGUGCCCCCACUCCUGCUCCGAGCCCCCCGCGAUUCCCGCUCCCUGCUGCCCACCCUGCCCAGCCACAGACGUCCGGCUCCCGCUGCAGGGCAGUGACCUGGCCCCAUCCCCGGCCCCAUCCUUAUCCCCGGCCCCAUCCUUAUCCCCGGCCCCAUCCUUAUCCCCGGCCCCAUCCUUAUCCCCGGCCCCAUCCUUAUCCCCGCCCCCCCCAGAUCCCACGGGCUGCUCCGGCCCCGAGGCUCAGGGAUCCCUCGGGAAUGCGGAUCCCGCCGCGGUGCCACCGGACAGCGGGAAGAGCCCCAGGUGCCGAGUGCCGGGAGGAGGAGGAGGAUGA